AUGGUUGCCACAUCUGCCCAGUCCGCCUCCCUGACGGAGCCCCCGUUGGAGAAGAAGCCCAUCAAGUUCUCCAACCUGCUUCUCGGCGCUGGCCUCAACAUGUUCGAGGUCACCACCCUCGGCCAGCCCCUCGAGGUCGUCAAGACCACCAUGGCGGCGCACCGGGGUGAUGGCUUCGCCACGGCUCUGGGACGCAUUUGGGCUCGUGGCGGCCCUCUCGGCUUCUAUCAGGGCCUCAUUCCCUGGGCUUGGAUCGAGGCCUCCACCAAGGGUGCCGUUCUCCUCUUCGUCGCCUCCGAGGCCGAAUACUAUGCUCGUGCGGCCGGUGCCUCGGAGUUCGGGGGCGGCAUCCUCGGCGGCAUCACCGGUGGCGUCGCCCAGGCCUAUGCCACCAUGGGCUUCUGCACCUGCAUGAAGACGGUCGAGAUCACCAAGCACAAGAUGGCUGCCGCCGGCGUCCAGCCGCAGUCCACCUUCCAGACCUUCAUGGACAUCUACCGCCGAGAGGGCGUCAGAGGCAUCAACAAGGGCGUCAACGCCGUUGCCAUCCGGCAAAUGACCAACUGGGGCAGCCGUUUCGGCCUCAGCCGUCUGGCCGAGGGCUGGAUCCGCUCCGCCACCGGCAAGUCUGACAAGGACAAGCUCUCUGCCUGGGAGAAGGUUGUCGCCUCCGGGCUCGGCGGUGGUCUCAGCGCCUGGAACCAGCCCAUUGAGGUGAUCCGCGUCGAGAUGCAGAGCAAAAAGGAGGACCCCAACCGGCCCAAGAAGAUGACUGUUGGCAACACCUUCAGGUACAUCUACUCCAACAACGGCAUCAAGGGCCUGUACCGUGGCGUGACGCCACGAAUCGGUCUCGGUGUCUGGCAGACCAUCUGCAUGGUCGCCUUUGGUGACAUGGCAAAGACGUAUGUUGAAAAGUUGACCGGGGACACGGUCUCGGCUAAGCAUUAA